CGCCUUAGCCCGCUCGAGUUUCAAUGCGCGUUGUUGCCAGACGAAGCUGAGUCCCAUACAGCGCCCGCAGCUCUCUUGAUCAUGGCUUCUUCGAGUUCCUUCACCUACUAUUGCCCUCCAUCUUCCUCUCCUGUCUGGUCGGAACCUCUGUACAGUCUGAGGCCCGAGCACGCGCGGGAGCGGUUGCAAGACGACUCGGUGGAAACAGUCACGUCCAUAGAACAGGCCAAAGUAGAAGAAAAGAUCCAAGAGGUCUUCAGUUCUUACAAAUUCAACCACCUUGUACCAAGGCUCAUUUUGCAGAGGGAGAAGCACUUUCAUUAUCUGAAGAGAGGCCUUCGACAGCUGACAGAUGCCUAUGAGUGUCUGGAUGCCAGCCGCCCAUGGCUCUGCUACUGGAUCCUGCACAGCCUGGAACUCCUAGAUGAACCCAUCCCUCAGAUAGUGGCUACAGAUGUGUGUCAUUUCCUGGAGCUGUGUCAGAGCCCAGAAGGUGGCUUUGGAGGGGGCCCUGGGCAGUACCCUCAUCUUGCACCCACAUAUGCAGCUGUCAAUGCCCUGUGCAUCAUUGGCACCGAGGAGGCCUACAACGUCAUUAACAGAGAGAAGCUCCUUCAACACCUGUACUCACUGAAGCAACCUGACGGGUCUUUCCUCAUGCAUGUCGGAGGUGAGGUGGACGUGAGGAGUGCAUACUGCGCUGCCUCGGUAGCCUCUCUGACCAACAUCAUCACUCCAGACCUCUUUGAAGGCACUGCCGAAUGGAUAGCAAGGUGCCAGAACUGGGAAGGUGGAAUUGGUGGGGUACCAGGGAUGGAAGCCCAUGGUGGGUACACAUUCUGUGGCCUGGCUGCACUGGUAAUCCUCAAGAAAGAGCGCUGCUUGAACUUGAAGAGCUUGUUACAGUGGGUGACAAGCCGACAGAUGCGGUUUGAAGGUGGAUUUCAGGGCCGCUGCAACAAGCUGGUGGAUGGCUGCUACUCCUUCUGGCAGGCGGGGCUGCUGCCCUUGCUGCACCGAGCGCUGCAUGCGCAAGGUGACCCAGCCCUCAGCAUGAGCCACUGGAUGUUCCAUCAGCAGGCGCUGCAGGAGUAUAUCCUGAUGUGCUGCCAGUGCCCGGCCGGGGGCCUGCUCGACAAGCCUGGCAAGUCACGUGACUUCUACCACACCUGCUACUGCCUGAGUGGUUUAUCCAUCGCUCAGCAUUUCGGCAGCGGAGCCAUGUUGCACGAUGUGGUCCUGGGAGUGCCUGAAAAUGCUCUGCAGCCCACUCACCCUGUGUACAACAUUGGACCAGACAAGGUGAUCCAAGCCACCACACACUUUCUGCAGAAGCCAGUCCCAGGCUUUGAGGAGUGUGACGAUGAGGCGACAUCAGAUCCUGCCACCGACUAGAGGACCCCACAGCCCUGAGCUUACCCACCUUCCCCAUCAGACAAGGUUUCAACGUUUCGGUACAUAGCGCACCCUGUGCUCCUGGAGCCUUAGCCACCACGGAGCUGUGGUUUUACGUGUCCUUUCUUGUCAAAGCGAUCGGCUCCAGAUUUGCAAUAGACAGUGGCGUGGUUUUUAAAAUUCUUUUCAUACUUUUAAAACCAAAACUGUGAGCCUGUGCAGUGAGGUUGGGGAGCUAUGCACACUGGGAGGAGGCACUCUCUCCCACCAGCCCGCAGCUCGGGAAGCCACGCUGAACUGGAGGGUCUGUGACUGUCACAGCGUCCUUUGCCACUGCUGAGCCUCUCGCCCGCACAGGACUGUCUGGGCACCCUUGUGCGGGUGAAAAAUCAGUUGGCUCCAUGCCAGGGUGGGACUUUGGGUUACUCCAAAAUGAGUUUCCUGGAAGGGUGUGCCAGGGCUGCAGUUAAUGGGCUUGACUUUCUCCUCUGCCCUGGUCAUUUACAAAGGACAGGAGCUGGCCACGGAGGAGAAAGGUGAGGAGUCCCUCCCCACAGCACGGGACAACUGAGCCACACAUCUCUCCAAGGCCACAUUUGGUGCAGGCAAGGCUUGUUUUGUCCUAGGUGUGGUGACUUAGACCCUGCUAACCAAUUAUGAGUGAGAGACGGACCUCUAGAUCAAUUCUGUGCCAGAGGAAGCAGCUCCCAGUCCCGAAACCCUGCCCCGCCCCAUCAUGUACCAUGAAAAGCCCUCAGGCGUCCUGAGGGCAGCGCCUGCAGCCCGGGGCUCUUCUGUGUGUUGCCCUUUUUCUUCCAGCAGACUCCUGACCCACCCUCCAAGGCGGUGUUGACUUUUCUCAUCCAGAGUAUUAACACUACUAAGUCUUUCACCUAAUUAAUGACUCAGGAUUUAUUCCUGUCCUGCCCACUCGAGGCUCACUGAAAGAAAACCAAGUGUUAGACAUGCUGGCUACUGCAGACAGUGGUCUCGUAAACUUGGGGCAGUGGGAUGUGCGUUGCCAGUGUGUGGGACCCUGGCAGUGUCUCUGCUCCUCCUGCACGGGGUCAUUUGAUGUCAGUGGGGUGCUGAGUUUAGUCAUCCGUUCACUGCAAACUCAUGUCACCCGGCCUUCAUGUGAGAGGUGGACAGGAGCUAGGAGGUGCAGCAUGAGGCUCUACUCAAAACUCACUAGCCAUUUGCUGCCUCUAAUUCCCUGUUGCUUUGGCGUACUGGGCUGUGUAUUACCUCCUUGAAAUAAUAAAAGAGUAACAUUUUC